AUGACCAAGACUGUUGCUGCUGCUCAACAGGAAGAUCCAUUAUGGAGCAAGAUUCGCAAUUACCUUCAGGAACAGAAGGGUUGUCAGCCAGCUGGUUAUUCAACAUACUCUACGGACCAUGGCUCUGGAUGCUAUCCAUGCAGAUGCAGCCGCUGCUCAUCCAGGAAUAUUCCGGACUUAAUGUCGUCUCAGGGAUCAUUACUACUUCCCUCAAAUGCUAGGCGAGACCAAAAACUAAUUCCCCUGCCAAACAAGGAAGCCCAGACUGUGGCUGAUGUAUUUAUCAAGGAAUAUGUAACAUUAUUUAGUCCACCCCCUCUGUUAGUAGCAGAUAAUGGGAGAGAAUUUCACAAUCGACUGUUUUCUCAGGUCUGCCAGAUAAUCCAAACCCAAAAGCACUAUACGACUCGGUAUCAUCCUGAGGCAAAUGGAAUGAUAGAGAGGAGCAAUAGGGUAGUGAAGGAUGCAUUAUCUACACUGGUUGGAGAGUAUCCUGAUAACCGGGAUGAAAUGCUACCAUUUGUACAACUUGCCCUCAAUAGUGCAGUGCACAGAAGCGUAGGUCAACAACCUCUGUAUCUCCUCACUGGGAAAGAUGGAUAUUUCCCACAAGGACUAACCAAUGAGCAGGAUGCUGAUGAAGAGACAACCCAAAUAUUGAGAGCGAACCUUAGAGAUGCGAGACGAACAGCGAAGGAAGCAGCACAGACGGCACGACGAGGAUGGGCUCGCGAUUACAACCGCCGGGUGUGGCAAAGAUUCGACCCUGCGGAGAGAUUUGAUUUGAUUAUUUAA